UGUGUAUUGUAGGUGCCUGCAACGUAUGAUCUGUGUCUGUUGCGUGUCGCUGCGCUGUGCUUGUGCUCCUUCAGUGUGUCUGCUUCUCCACCACAAUGAAUAAUGAAGCACAUCGCUCGACCGGUGGCAGCAGCGCCAUCCGUGUUGAUGUGGUUGUUUGUUGUUGUGGUUGCGCAUUCUUGGGUGUGGUGUUGUGUUGUCAGGCUUUUUCGGCGCACAACGACGGGCAAUACGGAGCACCGAAUACGAGUCAUGGCUGCGAGGCAUUUCCACAAACAAAACCAACUCUGUUGAUGACGAUGGACCAAGCGACCAACGCCGAGCCUCAGAUGCAGGCACCGACCCUGUCGCAGUCCUGGUCUGACAUCCAAGAGCGCACAUUCACGCGAUGGAUCAACUACCACCUGGCGGACCGAGGCAUCACAGUUGGCAAGGUUCAUGAAUCGCUGAAAGAUGGCAUUGCGCUCAUCAACUUGAUGGAGGUGCUGACGGGCAAGAAGUCAAAGCGGUACUUCAAGAACGCAAACAACCGCAUCCAAUACUUUAACAAUGUGGACGUUGCACUGAAGAUGAUCAAAGCCGAAGGGAUUGAGCUGGUCAACGUUGGCGGUGCCGACAUUGUGGAUGAGCAGUACACGCCGUGCAUGGGCUUGAUCUGGGCCCUCAUUGGACAUUACACCAUCAACCGAGGCGGCAAGAAGGAGGUCAUGAAAUGGGUCAAUGACAUGGUUGGCUUGCGAACGCCGUACAAAUUGGACCCAGCGCACUUUGCUGACAACCUCACGUCGGGAAAGCUGGCCUGCUGCCUCGUGGACGCCUGCUCCCCUGGCACCAUCGAUGUCAAUGCUCUCCCGCCCACCCCGCUGGAGCGUGCACAACUCGCGCUUGACAAGGGCAAGGCCAUUGGCAUCCCGCCCGUGGUGGAGGCCGUGGACCUGAUCAACCCCAACAUCGACGACUUGAGCGUCGUCACGUACCUCGGCGGCUGCCAGACCGUCUGUCCCGAACCCCCCGAGUACGAACUCACAGAGGACUUGCCCCUCAAGGCACAGGGCCUGUACAUUGAAGUUGCAAAUGCACCCCCAAGCAACAUCACGCCAGAGGAAGGCGAAGGGAACAAACGCGGGCUCGUGUUUGAGCCGACAGAAAAGGGCGGCGCGUACGAGGUCACCAUCAUGUGGAAUGGCAUCCCCAUCACAGACGGGCCCAUCGUCCUCCCAAACACAUGAAGCAGCGGAAGAGGAGGGGGCGGGGCUGAGGUUGUUAACACAGUAAAGCAGAGAAGCCUGCA